AUGAAAUUGACUCGGUUCUUCUUAUCGGAACCCCGCGUCAGCUCCUAUGCUUCACGACGGUGUAUCUAUUUCAGCAUAAACGCAGUUCAAAGAGUUCCCGAUCUCUGCGUCCCGAGGUCAGCCGCCACCUGUUCGACGAAAUGCCAGACUGAAGCCGAAGAGGAAGAAGUAGAAGAAGCACCGCCCAAGAACUCUGUAGAGGUUUUCAAGAGAUGGGGAUGCAAGGACAGCGAUUUGGCCAAGAUAUUCUCUCGCAGGCCGGCUCUGCGAAACGCCAGCGUCGCCCUCCUCCACUCCAAAUUAACUGUCCUCCAAAACCUGGGCUUAAACGCAUCCCACCUUGUUCAGAUCAUCAACUGCCGCCCGCAUUUCCUAAGCUACAGCAUGAACGGUUCCUUCAAUGAGCGCAUGGAAUACUUCGCGGAGUUGUUUGGGUCAAAGGAGAUGGUUCUUAAAGCCAUCGUGGGGAAUCCCUCCUUGUUGAGAUACGACCUCCACAACAAGAUCAAACCCGUGGUCGCGUUGUACGAUUCCAUGGGUGUGAACAAACAAAGCUUCGCCCAAAUGCUCAUGUCUCGUCCUGCAUUAAUCGCGAGAACACAAUUCGACGACGAGAAGAUGGAGUUCAUCCACAAAACCGGGGUCCCCCAAAGCUCGAAGCUUUACAAGUACAUAGUCACAAUCGUGGGCAUUUCGAAAACAGAGACUCUGCUUGGCAAAGUUGCCAACUUGGAGAAGUUCGGGUUUCAAGAAGAAGAAGUCUGGCAACUCGUGGGGCGUUCGCCUUAUCUGUUGACGUUGGCUGUCGAUAAGGUCCAGCGGAACAUGACUUACGUUGUGGGCACGUUGAAGCUUCCGGCGAGUGUUGUACUGAGUUACCCUGCGUUGAUCUAUGCUAGCCUGGAGGCGGUCAUGAAACCUCGAGUUCUGCUUGCUGGGAAGAUAGACGAGAUGGGUCUCCAGCCAAAGAUCGAAGGGCCGUCACUGUUGAAGGCCAUCAAGAUGAGCGAGAAGAGAAUGAUCAAGGUGUUUAUUUCGUGUCAUCCUGAGGAUGUUGCCAAGGAGCUGAUGGAGUAUUAUGAGAAGGCCAAAGGGCUGAAGAGAUUAGCUCAGGCAUCGAGAAAGGCUGUGAAUCGGUGGUUCCCGUUUUGA